AUGCCUCCGAUCCGGACUGAGAAGACCGCUGGACAUAGGCAUGGGCGUAAAGAGUAUGAUCGGCCCACACCGACGUACUUGGGCGAUACCAGUCAGCUGUUCCCGUAUCUGAAGGCGUCCGAGGCAUCGGCCGUGAACACGCGGAGCUCGAAUCUCGCCGUUUUUGUUGCCCGAGAGGGGGAUAAUGGCUGGUCCGAGGUUGCCUGGCUGCUCGAGCGAGCUCUUUUUGAGCGCGGGAUUGAGGUUCACUAUCAGCUUCGUACCAAGACCGCCUCGAAUUCGAAGAAGACCUUCUUGAUCGCGGUUCGCAACAUCGGGAACAAGCGUUACGCCCACCCCGACUACAACACCAUCACCUGGAUCGGUCUUCUCGAUAUGGUCCGCGAGGGCGAGAUCCAGGGCUGUUCUUACCGACAUGCUCGUGUGGCCCCUCCUCCUUGCGGUUUCCCGUUGCCAACCGAGACCCUCAUCGCGACCCUCACUUCCAAUCCCCAUCUCGCCAAAGCCCACAAGACCUUCUCCGGCCAGUGGCACAAGUCGAAACAUCACGCCUUCCUCGCCAAUCCUCACUCUUGGCCACCCCCUCAGCGCGCCAGGAGCCUCACCCCGCCAGCCGCAGCGGGCGAGGUACGAUCGGUGUUUUCCCGGGUCAGGCGGCCUGGUGAAUAUUGGAUUGCCAGAGAUGUACCUAUGCCUGGCCCCGAGGACAACGAGGAAGCGCCCGGCGAGGCCAAUCCGGUAGCUGAGGCGGCGAAUGUGGCGGAGGGAGAGGCUCAGAGGGCCAUGCAGCAUACGGCGGCACGGGCGGCAGGGACUGAGGAUGAGGAGCAGGGAGCGCCGGACGAGGUCAAUCCCGCAGCUGAAGUGGCGGAUGUGCCGGAUGAGGAGGCUCAGAGGGACGUGCAGCAAGUGGCGGUACGCGCGGCAAUGAGGGAGGAGUAUGAGGAGGAGCUGGUCCCGUAUGAGGAUCCCGACGAGGUUACGGUCGUCAGACGUCCACAGAUGGCCGAGCCGGAGCUCGAGGAGGUGGAAGAGGAAGAGGGCGAUGAUCACGACUCGGGCGGAUCCGAUGCGGAUGACGAGGGGUCGUCUGACUCUGACUCGGACUCGGAUGCCGACAGAGACUCCGACGGGGAGGCAGACGAGGAGGCAGCGAUGAUCAAAGGCGGUCAAGCGGUCAUUUCGGCGGGUCUCAAGUUGGUAGCGGAGAAGGUGCAGCAGGGGAGGGGAGAGGUAGUCUUCAAGCCGGGUCCCACCCGUUUGGUGGACUAUCCUGACUCGGACUGA